UGUAUAUCCAUAGAGAAAUGUCCCAGAUAAAUCUGAUAUAACUGCAUUAUGAUAAGAUAUUUCGUCGUUUCAACACUGAUACUAACUUGCAAAGCAGAGUUAAAAUGCGAAUGGAGAAACGAUCUAAAUGCUAAAUUAAGAUGGAUUCCACCUUCUGAUUCGGAUGGAGAUCUUAUGGUGGAACCUUGUAAAAAGAGCAUCAAUUGCAGGCACACGGCAUUUUUAAGAGCCGAAUCACUUCCGCGUGGCACAGAACUGACCUUUCAUUACAUAAUUAAAGGUGACCACAGAAAUUUUCUUCAGUUAGAAACCGAUAGAGUUCUAUGGAAAGCUUCGGGAGAUUGGAAUAAUCCCCAAACUGAUUGGCAAGAAGGAUCCGUCUUUGUUUCCCACGACGUCGAUAAGCUUUUCUUCUCUGGAUAUGUAGUCAGUAGUUCGGCUGAUAUUCGGUUGAAAGGUAUAGGAAUAGCGAACGUCUCUCCUCGUUGCGAAAAUUAUCAGAGAGCAACGACCGCGAAAAGCAUUCAGAUUCCAACAGCACCUAAAUCUACACGAAGCACUUCAUCUUCAGCACAGGAGAAUGAUAUCGAUGUUGAUGAUCCACAAAAAGAAGAAGAAGAAGAAGAAGAAGAAGAAGAAGAGAAACUGGAAAUCCAAAAAAUAGAAGUUGUUCCGGAAUUAAUAUACGGAUUUAUAAGAGUCUAGUAAUUCCUGGAAGAAGCUUUUCUAAGAUGGCCUUUGAUGGAAGAAAAUAUAAUAAUUAAUCUAAUCAAAAAAUUUAUUUAUAUUGGAGUUUAAUGAAGUGUUAAAAUGCUGCAGAUAAUUAAUUUUUUUUUAAUUUUUUCUCUAUAAUUGAAUGCAUUUAUGUCUAGUUAUA